UCGAAUAAAGUGAUUAUGGUGUUUAUAGUGAUAAGUUCUGACAGACAGAAAACUUGUAAAAUGUAUCUUUUAUCAUCAUAAAAGAACUACUUCCUUUUAAAUACGAACUUCCAGUUGUGCCAAAUCAGCAAUAAAUAGUUGAACUUUGCAACAACUCUACCACAAACGUGCAACUAGGAUCACAAAAUUUUAUGACCUAAAUCAAUAUAGUUAAUGCCAAGUUCGCCAAAGGUUUGCUUGGCUCUAAAAAGUUUCGAACCAAUCAUACGCCUGAUUGGUUAAUAAUUCAAACGAUCAACGCUACUUUGUAAGAAAUAAUGAAACGGCAAAAUAUUCGAACCCUUUCCCUGGUGGUUUGCACCUUCACCUAUCUACUGAUCGGAGCCGCCGUAUUUGAUGCCCUUGAGUCGGAAACAGAAGCUCGGCGCUGGGAAUUUCUGAAGAGCGUUAAAGCCAACUUCGUCGCAAAGUACAACAUCACAGCUGAGGACUACCACAUGAUCGAAAUAGUGAUAACAGAAAAUAAACCCCACAAGGCAGGACCCCAGUGGAAGUUCGCCGGUGCGUUUUACUUUGCUACCGUCGUACUAGCCAUGAUCGGGUAUGGUCACUCGACACCGGUUACGAUCGGUGGCAAAGCGUUUUGCAUGGCUUACGCCAUGGUAGGUAUCCCGUUGGGUUUAGUCAUGUUCCAGAGCAUCGGCGAACGUUUGAACAAGUUUGCCUCGGUAGUUAUACGGCGGGCGAAAAGAUAUCUCCGCUGUCAACAGACAGAGGCUACCGAGAUGAAUCUGAUGCUGGCCACCGGAUUGCUGUCCUCGGUUAUCAUCACGACUGGAGCGGCCGUCUUUUCCAAGUACGAGGGGUGGUCUUACUUCGAUAGCUUUUACUAUUGCUUCGUUACGUUGACGACGAUUGGAUUCGGAGAUUAUGUAGCGCUACAGAAUGAUCAAGCGCUAAUCAACAAGCCUGGCUAUGUGGCGCUCAGUUUAGUGUUUAUCCUGUUUGGACUGGCUGUCGUGGCUGCCAGCAUUAAUCUGCUGGUGCUACGAUUUAUGACAAUGAACGCAGAAGACAUCCGUCGGGAAGAGGCCGAGAUGCAGUCGUCCGUUGACGGGCUGAACUACGAGUGUGAAUCCACUGGAAAAUUAUUAUCAUGCGCUAAUCUGAACUACUGUUCCGAAAUUGAGGAGGAAGACACUUCGGUUUGUUCGUGCACAUGCUUGGGAGGGAACAGUUUUACGAAUCACGAAAAUGAAUUUCUUUUGGAUCAAGGCUAUCAUCCAGCAGAUAUCAUUACCAGUACGAUAAGUUUGAAGCGUAUGUCUAUAUAGGCGCAAAUCAAUAGCAGGUAGCGCACAACACGAAAAAUUGAAUAGAGUGCUUCAAAUUUCUGUGAAAUUCUAUAACUUUCUAUUGUCAUUGAUGUUAUUUAUAAUAGCUAGUACUGAAAGUAGGAAGAUAUUUGCGACUCAUACCAGUGAUAACGGUGAAUAUUGUAAUAUAAACUGAAAGUGUAAAACUAGUGCAAGUUUUAAUGUUCGUAUCGAACACACAUGAAAUCUUUAAUUUAAAAUUCGAUGUAUAGAUAUGAACUGUACUGUAUUAAGCAAUUGUUUACUUUUAUGAGUUUAUUUACUACAAAACUAAACUGCGUAAAAAUAUUUUAUUUAUCUACUUAGCAAUAAAAAUAACUCACCAAUAGUUUUUGCUAGUCAGUACCAUAUAACUCUGUAGUAUUAUUUUAAUAUAUACUUUGAACUGAUCCUUAAUACCCAUUCAAUUAA